AUCCGUUUCGGAGAUUUGAGGUUAUUUUUAAACUGCAAGAUCUGCAACACAUGUUUAUGGAAGAAUAAUAUAAACAUUAAAAUAUAAUAUGCAAUAAAAAGCGAUGGACGCGUACGAUCUUUUUAAGAAAUUAUCUGCUGGAACAAAACUCAAUUUACAACGUUUUAAAAUUGACGCCGAGCGAUUUUCGUUGGUGAAAAAGCCUGUAAAAGAAGAAACAAAACAGAUAAAAAUCGAACCACCAGAUCAUGAAUUCAAAAAGUUAGAAUCACGAUCAAAGAGGAAACUUGAAGACGAUUCAGAAGGAGAAAAUACUCUAACUCUCUACGAUGGAGUAAAAGUAUCCCAAGAUGGAAAAAUUAUCAAGCAAAAAAAGAAGAAACAGAAAGUUUUGACCGAGGAAGAAAAUCUGCAAAGGGAGCGAAAACAACAAAAAGAAAAGGUCAAUCAUUUUAGAAACCAACAUCAAAUAUCGGCAAUUGGUGGUCAGGUGCCAAAUCCAAUAGAAAAUUUCCAACAACUCUCGACAAUUUACAAAGUUGGGAGUGAUUUACUAAACAAUAUGAGUAAUUGUGGAUACAAAGAACCAACGCCGAUUCAAAUGCAAGCCUUGCCAAUCAUGUUAGAGGGUAAAGAAGUCUUGGCUUGUGCACCUACUGGUUCAGGAAAAACUGCUGCUUUUUUACUCCCGAUAAUUCACCAGCUGGGUGGACCGCAAAAGCAAGGAUUUCGUGCAAUUGUUUUAAGUCCAACGAGAGAAUUAGCCAAGCAAACUUACAGAGAAUGCCUUAAACUCAGCGAAGGUCGAGGCUUUCGAGUUCACAUUAUUAGUAAAAUCAAUCAAGCACUCUCUCAAUACGGGCCAAAAAGCUCUCAAAAGUUUGAUAUUCUUAUCACAACUCCAAAGAGACUCACGUUUCUUCUGAAUCAAGAUACAUCUGUUAUUUCGCUGAAGAACGUGGAGUGGUUAGUUGUCGAUGAAGCAGACAAGCUUUUUGAAGAAGGAACUAGAGGCUUUCGAGAUCAGCUGAAUGAAAUUUCGAAAGCAUGCACGAAUCCUAAUCUUCGGAGAGCCAUGUUCAGCGCCACAAAUACACCAGCUGUGACAAGAUGGUGCAGGGAACAUCUCAAAGGCUGGAUUACAGUUACAGUCGGUCUCAGAAAUGCUGCAACAGACCUUAUCGAGCAAGAGCUAUUAUUUGUUGGAGAUGAAGGUGGGAAAUUAAUGGCAUUGCGGAAUAUAAUCCAGAAGGGUUUAUCUCCACCGGUCUUAAUUUUUGUACAGAGUAAAGAAAGAGCCCAAGAACUUUUUAGCGAGCUCAUAUAUGAUGGAAUCAACGUCGAUGUCAUUCAUGCAGACAGAACUCAAAAUCAAAGAGACAAUGUUGUGCGAUGUUUUAGAGAAGGAAAAAUUUGGUUUCUUGUCUGUACGGAAUUGAUGAGUCGUGGAAUAGAUUUUAAGGGCGUCAAUCUCGUUAUCAAUUUUGACUUUCCACCUUCUGCGAUUUCAUAUAUUCACAGAAUUGGAAGAACUGGUAGAGCUGGCCACAAAGGAAAAGCAAUAACAUUCUUCACACAACAAGAUGUUGUAAAUUUAAGAAGUAUUGCUGAAGUGAUGAGGGCCUCUGGAUGUAAAGUGCCAGAAUAUAUGCUCGCAAUUAAAAAAUUAGACAAGAGAAUAGUGAAGAAAAAUCGACACGAGACUCCCAAACGACAAAGGAUAGCCACCAGUCUCAAGUACAAAAGACGUCACAGCGGAAAAGAUAAACCGGAAAUUGUACCAGAUUUAGAGAAAAAGAUUGAGAAUAGAUCCCUAAAAAAGAAAGAAAAAUUGAAAGGAAGUGAAAAAAUUAAGGGAAAGGUCAGUAACAAAGGCGAAAAACGUAAAGGAAAAAUGAUCAAGAGUUCUGGAGAGCGUAAAAAAAGUCUUUUAUCGAAGAAAGUAAAAUCUAAAAAAGGUUUUAAGAAGACGAAAAAGUCUGCUAUAGAAGAAUAAAGUAUAUAAUCACGAUUCUGCUUUAUUUAACAAUGAGAUACAUUUUUUUCAUUAAUUUAAUAAAAUGAAA